CUCCCGUGAGGCCGAGCGAAGCGCGACGUAGCCGGAAGCUGCUGGCGGCCGGUGGUCGACCCGCGCGCCUGUGCGGCACCGCGGCCCAGCGCGACCCCCGCCCGAGCCCGGCCCGAGCCCGGCCCUGCCCGCCCCAGCAGCAUCAUGGCCAGCCCAAGAACCAGGAAAGUUCUUAAAGAAGUCAGGGCACAAGAUGAGAACAACGUUUGUUUUGAGUGUGGCGCAUUCAACCCUCAGUGGGUCAGCGUGACCUAUGGCAUCUGGAUCUGCCUGGAGUGCUCGGGGAGACACCGUGGCCUUGGGGUGCACCUCAGCUUUGUGCGCUCUGUUACUAUGGACAAGUGGAAGGACAUCGAACUGGAGAAGAUGAAGGCCGGCGGGAAUGCCAAGUUCCGGGAGUUCCUGGAGUCGCAGGAGGACUAUGACCCCUGCUGGUCCCUGCAGGACAAGUACAGCAGCAGAGCUGCCGCGCUCUUCAGGGAUAAGGUGGCCACACUGGCUGAAGGCAGAGAAUGGUCUCUGGAGUUAUCACCUGCCCAGAACUGGACCCCACCUCAGCCCAAGAUGCUCUCAUCCACUGCCCACCGACCCUCUGGCCAGCCGCAGAAUGUGACUGCCUCUGCGGACAAGGCUUUUGAGGACUGGCUGAACGACGACCUUGGCUCCUGUCCAGGGGUCCAGGAGAAUCGCUACGUGGGGUUCGGGAACACAGUGCCACCUCAGAAGAAGGAAGAUGAUUUCCUCAACAAUGCCAUGUCAUCGCUAUACUCGGGCUGGAGCAGUUUUACCACGGGAGCCAGCAGGUUUGCCUCUGCGGCUAAAGAGGGUGCUACAAAAUUUGGAUCCCAAGCAAGUCAAAAGUUUUGGGGCUACAAGCAGCAGCCAGAGCCGGCUUCGGAGCUGGGCCACAGCCUGAACGAGAGCGUCCUCAAACCUGCACAGGAGAAGGUCAAAGAGGGAAGGAUUUUUGAUGAUGUGUCCAGUGGGGUCUCUCAGUUGGCAUCCAAGGUCCAGGGAGCUGGCAGUAAGGGAUGGCGGGACGUCACCACCUUCUUUUCUGGGAAGGCAGAGGACCCCUCAGACAGACCCCUGGAGGGCCACAGCUACCAGAACAGCAGCGGGGACACCUUCACAAGUGGCACCAUCGACCAGAGCUUCUGGGAGACCUUUGGGAGCACCGAGCCCCCCAAGGCCAAGUCCCCAAGCAGCGACAGCUGGACCUGCGCAGAUGCCUCCACGGGGCGGAGGAGCUCGGACAGCUGGGAUGUGUGGGGCUCGGGCUCUGCAUCGAACAAGAACAGCAACAGCGACGGCUGGGAGAGCUGGGAGGGAGCUGGUGGUGAGGGCAGGGCCAAGGCCACCAAGAGGGCAGUGCCAUCUGUGGCAGCGGAUGACGGCUGGGACAACCAGAACUGGUAGGGCCCUCAGCCCAGCUCCCAGCCCCACCGGGGCGACUGCUGUGUGUGCACUUUGCCUUGUCCUAGUUCCUUCUUCCUCUUGACCCAAGAAACAGCAGCCACAGCACGAAGGCAGUGUCUCAGGCCGGAUUCAGUUGGUGCCGCCGGUGGGGCGUGCAAAUGGGGUCGCGCUCUCCAAGGCCACUUGCCUGCCAUGCACAUGCCCACUGUGCCCGGGCCCCUCAGGACUCCAGGACAGAGCAGCCUCGGGCUCGUCAGUCCUGGGGACUGGAUACCUUUGAGGGCCAGGCCCUGCAGCAGCUGGGGGCAGGCCUCAGAGCUGCAGCCUUGCCCGCACCCUCAGCCAUCCUGUCUGUGUGAAAGUGCCCUUUUACCUUGAAGAAUUGUGCUAGUUUUUUUUUUUUUUUUUUUCCUUUGAAGAAAAUCCCUGGAGCCUCAGAUGGACAUGCUGAAGGCAGUACCGGAGCUCGCACUGCCGUCCAACCCCUGGCCUGUUCCACAUCUGUGGCCCUUGCUCUGAAGCUCAUUGUUGUGAACUCUAGCUUUCCUAGCAGCCCUGUCCAGCCUCCAUUUUGUCAGAAAAGCCCUCCACAAACAGCUGCUUGGGGCUCAGUGGGCUCUGGCCUCAGCCCUUGAACUUGCCUGUUCUGGAAUGCCCUGGACACCUCAGAAAUGAGCAGAGUAGGGCUGGAGAAGCAGGCUCAGCAGACUGGCCCUGUCUGUCCACGUGUGAGGAUCAUGAUUGGGCUGGCACAAGGGCAGGUGAGGCUCCAGGGCCUCCCUGGUGACCCUGUUCCCAGGAGGAAGCCUGUCAGCGUUUUGCUGUUUGCUGUGUCUGCCAUGGUCAGCUGUUUCCCAUCCCAGGCACUGGAGGCCAUGACACAGUGACCUGUGCCCAGCUGCACCCAUGGCUCUCCCUCCCGUGUGCCCCAUCUUGCGCUGUGGUAUUUGGGUCUCACUGAACGCAGCGGAGCCCACGCAGGCUGAGUCUGUUGGACUGUGAAGCAAGGGCAGCAUACGCCCUUGGGACUUUGUGAGGCACUAGUACCCUACAGAUGAGACCCUGCACAUGGUGCUGCUUCAGGCCUGGCACCCCCACCCCACCUGACCCUCAGUGUGACCAGCAGUGCAUGCA